AUGUUGCAAGUGGAAAUGGUCCUCCUCAUCUGCCUGGUGCUGCUGAUGUGUGUGUUUAGCCAGGACCCCGGCUCCAAAGUAGUGGCCGACCGCUACGCCGUCUUCUGGAACCGGACGAACACCAAGUUCCAUCGUGGCGAUUACCACAUUGACGUAUGCAUAAAUGAUUACCUGGAUGUGUAUUGCCCCCACUAUGAAGACUCAGUGCCUGCGGAGCGAACAGAGCGCUAUGUCCUCUACAUGGUCAACUACGAUGGCUACAGCACGUGCGACCACACUUCCAAGGGCUUUAAGCGCUGGGAGUGCAACAGGCCGCAUUCCCCAAAUGGACCCCUCAAGUUUUCAGAGAAGUUCCAGCUCUUCACUCCCUUCUCCUUGGGCUUCGAAUUCAGACCGGGCAGAGAAUACUACUACAUCUCCUCCACCAUUGCCGAGAACGGGAGGAAAACAUGCCUAAAGCUCAAAGUUUUCGUCCGACCAUCAAACAGCUGUGUGAAAACUAUAGGUGCACGUGACCCUGUUUUUGAUGUAGAGGACAAAGUAGACAAUACGUUAGAACCACGAGAUGAUACCAGCCACGAAACAGCUGCACCUUCCCGAAGUGAAACAAAUGCUGCGGCACAGCUGCAGAAAACAAGUCAACUUCUGGCCUCACUGCUGGUCAGCCUAGCAGCACUCUCCACUUUAUAG